ACCCACCUCCUGUCAUCACUCUUCAUCCCUCGUAUCUCUCCAAUCCUUUGUCUCUUUCCACCUAAGUCCUACCUCUCUCGAUCGCUCACCAUGACGACCCUCGUACCUCGAGAGCCGUACACCGCCGACGAGCUCCACCGCUUGUACCCCAAGGAGCUCGCAUUGCAGCAAGUCCAAGUCCUCCUCAGACAUGGCGAACGAUCACCCGUCUCUGCCAGAUUUAAGAAUGCUGGCCUCGUAGCUAAUUGGCCAUAUUGCAAUGCUGCACAGCAUCUUCGUAGCGUAAUCAUGUCGGCGAAUGAUUCUUGGGACGAACUGGCUUACAGGCGGAGGCUCGAGACGUUCGAUGAAAACGAUGACAGCCCUGUGCUGUCUACUGGCCCAGGACGCGAGACUGAUGGUAUUUGUCUUCCUGGCGAACUUACCGAUCAAGGUCGUGCUUCCACCCUUGCUCUAGGUCAACGCCUCCGGGGCUUGUAUGUUGAUCAGCUCGGUUUCAUGCCGACUGUUCUGCAAGAUGCAAACCACAUGUACCUUCGGGCAACUCCUAUUCCCAGAGCUCUAGAAUCCGUACAGCAGACCUUUUACGGCCUAUAUCCCCCCUCAUCAAGAGCCGCUGGCUUUGUCUCGCCGACAAUCAUCCAGCGCCAACCUAGUCAUGAGACGCUGUUCCCUAACGAGGGCGCUUGUCGGCGGUUUGCUCAGCUCAGUCAGGCUUUUGCUCAGAGGACCGCAGAUCGCUGGAAUGAUACUUCCGACAUGGCACAUCUUAACAAGAUGUUCGGAAAAUGGAUGCCCGAGGAUUCACCUACAGUCAAGGUUGACGGUCACCCAAGAUUGAGUGGUAUCAUGGACACUGUCAACUCAACGUUAGCUCAUCCUAACGAGACUCGCCUUCCAAAGGAAUUCUAUGACAAGAAGGGCAGAGAGAUCAUCGACAAGAUCGGAGUCGAGGAGUGGUUUUCAGGAUAUAUGGAGUCUAAAGAAUAUCGUCAACUCGGUAUUGGUGGACUCAUGGGUGACGUUGUAAGCCGUAUGAUUGAAAAAACCAGAGCUCCGACCAGCAGCAACAGAAACAUCCAGAUGGCUCUUUCUGGCUGUCAUGACACAACUCUGGCUGCUGUUCUCAGCAGUAUGGGCGCCUUCCAGGGCGAACAGUGGCCCCCGUACACCAGCCACAUCGCUAUUGAAUUGUUUAAAGAUCGCACAAUCUCCACAACUGCCCAACCUGCGAUCACUACCGGCAGCUGGUGGAGCUCGUUCUUUCCUGCAAAGAGCAUACUGACACCUAACGGCUCCCCUCGCACCCCGCUGUCAGAUCUUUCCGAGUCUGAUAAGCAGAAGCUGGACGGCUACUACGUACGACUGCGUUACAACGACCGCGCCAUGAAGGUCCCCGGAUGCAGACCAGCUGGAAAGCACUAUGGCGAUGAUGAAAGCCUGUGUACCCUGGAAGCCUUCAAGGGCAUCGUAGACAAGUUUACACCAAAGAACUGGAAACAGGCUUGUGGUGCUCGUCUGGGAGAGAACGCAUUCCCUGAGAGCCUUGAACCUGCUGGUGUUUAAGGCAAAGCAGUGUUUAUACAUGUUAUUGAGACCUGGGACAUUAGAUCUGGUCGUAAACAAUUGCUAGACUAGAGUAGAUAAGGCACAAUCGAGUGGUUUGAUUGGA